UUGUUAGAUAUAAAAUCUAUGAAAUAUUCUAAAACUUUCGCAGUUUAGCCGCUUAAAGCAACUGAGCCAAACGGGGAUUUUUUUUAAUGCGCCUUACACUAAUUUUGGUAAUUUGCUUGGGAAUGGUUGCCAUUUCGUACUCAUGGCCUCCAGUACCAGAUGAACGUGAUGCAGAUGCUGAAUUGGAUAAUGCCUGGGAUUUAUACCCGGGGCUGACUGAAAGAUCCUAUGAAUAAAAUAUCUAUAGGGACUUUUAAUCAACUUAUGACUAAUGAAUUAUGCAAGAUGCUAACCUAAUGCGUGUUUACUUAUACAUCAUAGUUAAUAUUAAUCAUGUUUUUGAGUUUAAAAUAAAACAAUUAUUUUGGUAAAACGUGCAAUAAGUUGGUUCCUAUUGAAUUCCGUCAAAAAUCACGUAGAUUGUCACUUAUAAAGUUCAAGAUUCGUUCAGUUUCAAUUCAGUUGUUUUGGGUCAAGUGUUGACAAUGUUUCUAGCCAAGUUCUUAUCAGUAUUUCUUAUCUGCUGUGCGCUUGUACAAGCACUUCCUUUGGACGAUUUUAGCAGUGAAGAUGAUCGUAUUAAUGAAAUCAGCUCUGAACUCGAUCGUAAGCCGUUUAUUCCCAAUGUCGAACGGAUUUUUAGCAGUGCUGAAAUACAAACUCCAACGAAACUCGGCGAAAAGAAUCGGAAUAAGAUAAACAGAAAUGGUGAAGAUACCACUAAGAGUUCCAAACAUGCUCAUGGCAUGAUCACAUCGAUGCUAAGCUUUGUCAGUAGUGUACUUAACUUUGGCAAAACAAUUAUACGUAAUGAAUAAUCAAUUUAUUUGAAGAAUGUUCAAUUAUAUGUUAAGAAUAAAAGCCAUAAUAAUAAUAACAA